GCUCCUAUCCGUGCAGUACUAGAAGAUUUUGAGUGGGUCUUCGUUCAAGGCACCCUCCCUCUAUACACAUACUACAACCCUUUCGACCCCCAAUCUAUCAUACAAACUCAUGAAGAGUUACUCCACAUCAUACGAAGCCAUGGUCCCUUCGAUGGUGUUUUCGCCUACUCUGGCGGAGCAGCACUAGCAGCUGAGCUCCUCAUUGAAGCUGCUCGUUCUGAAUCAGCUGUCGAGCCUCUAUUCCGCUUCGCCGUGUUCGUGAACGGCGCAUCGCCAUUACGUGUCUUCGAAGUCGACGAUGUCGACACAGUGAAUGGUCACGUUGACGUAUCGCAAACAUUUCAACAGGCAAAAGAGAUGUUUCUUCGACCUAGCGCACUACGACACAAGCCUGGUGUCAGUGAGGAAGAUCAGGUGGAUCAUAAGAAAUUGCUCGGACUCUUGAGCAGACUACAAGGGAAAAUGAUGUCAGAUGGGACUGCUUUUCUGACCGACGGUACUUAUGGAUUGUGUCGG